CGACUUUCCGUAGUUUUUAGUAAACAUGGCGUCUGACAAUGAUAGCGACGAGGAUUUUGUUUCGUUUGGCACCCCUUUAGAACCACUGGAAGAAGAUGAGCCUCUUAGGAAGCCAGUCCCAGUGUACGAGCAGACGGUGAAGGAUGAGAAGGGCCGCUACCAGAGGUUCCACGGUGCCUUCACUGGAGGAUUCUCCGCCGGCUACUUCAACACGGUGGGAACCAAAGAAGGGUGGACACCAUCAACCUUUGUCUCGUCCAGACAGCAGAAAGCAGAGAGACAGAAUGCCAGGCCGGAGGAUUUCAUGGAUGAGGAGGACUUGGGUGAGCAUGGCAUUGCCCCCAGAGAGAUCACAACUACAGCAGAGUUUGGCCCAGGCAGGAAGGACCUCAUCAGGGAUAAAGCCAGAGCCAUCUCCUCUCUGUCAGCACCUAUACCUGGGGACACCCUCCUGGAAGAUCUGGUGGCCCCAGCAAGGACAUCAAUAGGGGUGGAGCUACUGACAAAGAUGGGCUGGAAAGAUGGCCAGGGGGUGGGGCCAAGAGUGAAGAGGAGACCAGGCAAGCUGAAAGCAGAUCCUUCCACCAGGCCUUUGGGCCCUGUGCUGCCACCUCAUGGGUCAGAGGAGUCCCAGGAUGAAGAGGAAGAUGAGUUUGUCCCUGAGAAUGUCACCUUCGCCCCAAAAGACGUGACCCCAAUUGACUUCACCCCCAAAGUGGACCUCCAUGGUUUAGGGUACCGGGGCCUGAACCCCCUGGCUGCCCUGAGGGGCGCUCCCGCGGCAGGACACAUCAACUUGUUCACCAUGGACUCAGACAGGUCCACAAGUCUGUUUGGAGAGGACAAGAAGGGGCAUAAGAGGAGAGGAGGAGUGUCAGGACAGGCAUUUGGCGUUGGGGCGAUGGAAGAUGAUGAUGAUGACAUCUACCACAGAGACACCAUGUCCAACUAUGAUGCUGUACUGGGAGGGGAGGAGCCAGGGGAUGGGCUUUAUGGUUGGACCGCCCCCCAGCAGUACAGCAGGAAGAAGAAAGACCACAGUAAAGACGCUGCAUAUUUGGGAAAAAUAAUCGAAGGGUUCACCCUGGCUUCGGAAAAGACUGAGACCAAGACGAUCUUCCCCCCUCCCAACCUCCCCAGGGACUUCAGACCUGUCCACUACUUCCGGCCGGUGGUUGACAUGUCCAAUGCCAGCUCCAUGGUAGUCCAGGCCUUGCAGACGUCACGAGGACACAUGGUCCAGGAAGGGCCCUCUCAGGGAGGACGCCACCAGUUGGACUCUGCCCAGAGGAGGGAGCUUCUGGGAGAGGCAACACUGCAAGGGCCCACGUCGGUCUUUGACCUGCUGAAGCCAGAAGACCGGGAGAGGCUCUCUGGCUUGCGGAGGCCCACGUCAGGAUCCAGACCCCCCAACGAGCCGCCACCCAGGAAGCCCACCCCGGAGGAGGCCAGAGCUGCCAUGGUGGCUACAGGUGUAGCGGCGGCUGCAGCCAAAGCCUCCGCCCAGAAGGCCCUGUCGAGCAGGUUUGCACCUCCAGCAGAACAGCAGCAGAUGGAAGCUUUGAGUGUGUGGAGUAGUCCUACUGCCCAGGCCCAGACAGGACAGACCUUCAAACCAUUUGAGAAGACCCCCCACAAACAGGCCCGCUAUGACCACUACAUCGAGAAGCUGAAGCAGGGAGACCGAGAUGCCCUGGAGGCCAGUCUGGACCCAUGCAUGACAGAGUGGGAGAGAGGCAGAGAGAGGGACGAGUUUGUCCGUGCUGCUCUUCUCUACAAGCCCAGCAGUUCCUCUUUGUCGGGCCGCUUCACCAGAGGGAAACACGACGACAGUGUGGACCAAGACACAGUGGAGGUGAAACGAGACCAGGAGAACGACGUCGAUGACAAACAGGCUGCAGUGAAGAUGAAGAUGUUCGGCAAACUGACCAGGGACACAUUCGAAUGGCAUCCUGAUAAACUUCUCUGCAAGAGGUUUAACGUACCUGACCCUUAUCCUGGGUCAGGGUUUGUGGGAAUGCCCACAGUGAAGAGAGACAAGUUCUCUGUGUUCAACUUCCUGACCUUAGACAGCACUGCAUCCACCACUGCGUCCCCUGCUCCGCAAGCUGCGAAGGCCUUAGGGCCGUGCAAACCGUCCAGGUGGGAUGUGUCUGGGAAGGCUGGGUCAGAGCUUGAGGAGAAGGUUCCGCUCAGCAUGGCUUCUGGAUCUGAGUCUGGUCCAGACACCACUACUUCUGAAGGCACUGCUGAGGCAGAUGCUGAGAAGAAAGAGGAGGAAGAAGUGAGCCGACCACCCAUGGAUCUGUUCAAGGCCAUCUUUGCCGGCUCUUCUGACGAGAAAUCUUCAUCUGAGGGAGACAGCGAUGAUGAUGAUGAGGAGGAGGAGGAGGAGAAGAAGGAAGAAUCUGAAUUAGGUCAGACCCAGGCUGAGAGCGGGCCUCCGGUAGGUAACCCUUUCAUCGCCAACCAAACGGCACCCCCUGCUGCUGGGAUGUCCCCUAGCAUGCCAAGUGGUCGGGGUCUUGCUGCACCGGGUCGGGAUGAGGUCAUGGAAGAGGAGGAGUUUGGUCCCAAGCUGCCUCCCACUUUCAACACGAUGACGGCGCAACGCCCGUCCUCGGUUUUGGCUGCUAAAGAGGACAAACAUAAAAAGUGUAAGGAGAAGCACAAAGCCAAGAAGCACGGCAAGCACAAGAAGGACAAAAAGCAGAAGAAGAAGCACAAGAGGCACAAGCACAAAGACAAGCCGAGGAAGAGCAGUAACAAGGAACAGUCAUCAGAGAACAGCACAGAAGAGGGUGACGGAGACAGCCAGGAGGAGGGAGCAGGGGUAUCAACGGACGUGCUGCUCAGAAGGUUGAAAAGCAUCCGUGGCAAGAAGCUACAGUGACUCUGUGGUCCGAAGGAGGGAUGUACCAUGUCCUCUAUGAGGAUACCUGAAAUGGAGUCCAUUUUGUAUGGGAUUUAGGAAUUGUACAUUAGGCCUCACCUACCUAUGGUGCUGAUGGAAGCUUUAUUGGAAAUUGCGUCGUGUUGACUGCUGUCUGGUAAUAAAUAAAAAAGCUGGUUGUAAAGAAA